UCUAUGGAAAAACUAGAGGGGAGGUGUGUGACAUUUGAUUAAAGCUUAGGGGAGGUCAAUAUAAUUUCCCCUAAUUAUAAUAUCUACUACCUUGAUACAUAAGAUUCAAACCAUCAAUAUCGUCUACAACUAGCAUAUCCUAAAGUUGAAUAUGAUAUACACCGCACUUUCAAUCAUUCACUGGGAUAUCCAAAAUAACAAUUCAAAUCAAGUCACUAUAUGUGGUCCUUCCACCAGUGGAAAACCGGUCCCCUUCCUCAGAGUAAUGCCAAACAUUGUAAUAACAAUAUCUUAAGUCUAGACAAACUCCAACAUAUCAUUGUACAUGUUUUUCCAUGGCACCACCAACUCCAAGACUAGUUGUGCCAAUAGACCUAAAAAAGAAGCCAUGUGAACAGAAACUUCCUCUUCAUAAUCGAUGGCACCCUGACAUACCCCCUGUGGCAGAUGUUAAUACUGGUGAAAUCUUUAGAGUAGAGAUGGUAGAUUGGACUGGAGGUGCUAUUAAAGAUGACAAUUCAGCACUUGAUAUAAAACUUGUAGACCUCUCAGUUGUCCAUCACCUUAGUGGGCCAAUAAGAAUUGUAGACAGUGAUGGUAUUCCAGCCCAGCCCGGAGAUUUGCUUGCAGUUGAAAUAUGCAACUUGGGUCCUCUCCCUGGUGAUGAAUGGGGCUUUACAGCAACAUUUGACAGAGAAAAUGGAGGAGGUUUCUUGACAGACCAUUUUCCUUAUGCCACAAAAGCUAUCUGGUACUUUGAAGGAAUAUAUGCUUAUUCACCUCAGAUACCAGGAGUGAGGUUUCCAGGUAUAACACAUCCUGGUAUAAUUGGAACUGCGCCAUCAAUGGAACUCCUAAACAUAUGGAAUGAAAGGGAAAGAGAUGUUGCAGAAAAUGGUAUUCAUUCUCUCAAACUAUGUGAGGUUUUGCAUAGCAGACCCUUGGCAAACUUACCAACAGAAAAAAGUUGUCUCCUUGGAAAGAUUGAAAAAGAUACUGAUGAAUGGGAGAAGAUUGCAAGGGAAGCAGCAAGAACAAUACCGGGAAGAGAAAACGGUGGAAAUUGUGACAUAAAAAAUCUAAGCAGAGGUUCAAAGGUAUAUCUUCCUGUUUUUGUAGAAGGAGCAAAUCUCAGCACAGGUGACAUGCAUUUCUCACAGGGUGAUGGUGAGGUCUCAUUAUGUGGUGCAAUAGAAAUGAGUGGUUUCUUGGAACUCAAGUGUGAAAUUAUAAGGGGAGGAAUGAAAGAGUACCUUACACCAAUGGGCCCCACUCCCCUUCAUGUAAAUCCAAUAUUUGAGAUAGGCCCUGUUGAACCAAGAUUCUCAGAGUGGUUAGUGUUUGAGGGCAUUAGUGUGGAUGAAAGUGGGAGACAACACUACCUAGAUGCAAGUGUUGCAUACAAACGAGCAGUACUCAAUGCUAUUGACUACAUAUCCAAGUUUGGGUACUCAAAAGAACAGGUGUACCUUCUACUAUCUUGUUGUCCUUGUGAAGGAAGAAUAUCUGGAAUUGUUGAUGCCCCUAAUGCUUGUGCAACAUUGGCCAUCCCUACAGCUAUAUUUGACCAGGAUAUUCGUCCUAAAAAUAACAAAGUACCAAUUGGACCCCGCCUUGUAAAGAAACCAGAUGUCUUCAAAUGCACUUAUGAUGGAAACUUGCCCAUCACAAAAAAUCUCAGUGCCUCAUCUUGAUUUGUAUUAGCUUGGAUUUAAAUCACAUGCUUCUGUAACAUAUCUCAUAAUCUUGUGAUUUAAGCCACAAAAAUAAAGUCUGUAGGAAACAUUAUGACAUUUGUAUUGUAUGCAACUGUUUUCCAUAGAAUUGCUGGAAUAAUGUCAGUAAUUUAAUUAUGGCAUAGUUGGGUUGAAAGUUGAAUUUAUUUUUGAUUUAGUGUCUGUU